AUGUACAGCAUGAUGAUGGAAACGGACUUGCACUCCCCCGGUGGAGCCCAGGCCCCCACGAACCUCUCGGGGCAGACUGGAGCGGGAGGCGGCGGCGGAGGCGGCGGGGGGAACAAAGCGAACCAGGACCGGGUCAAGAGACCCAUGAACGCCUUCAUGGUGUGGUCGCGAGGCCAGCGGCGGAAGAUGGCCCAGGAGAACCCCAAAAUGCACAACUCGGAGAUCAGCAAGCGCCUGGGGGCCGAGUGGAAAGUCAUGUCCGAGGCCGAGAAGAGACCGUUCAUCGACGAGGCGAAGCGGCUGCGAGCGCUGCACAUGAAGGAGCACCCGGAUUAUAAAUACCGGCCCCGGCGGAAGACUAAGACCCUGCUCAAGAAGGACAAGUACUCGCUGGCCGGGGGGCUGCUCAGCGCCGGCUCGGCCGGGGGCGGCCCGGCCGGCGUCGGCGUGGGCAUGGGCGUCGGCGUGAGCCCCGGCGGCGUCGGGCAGCGGCUGGAGAGCCCCGGCGGCACGGCGAGCGGCGGCUACGCGCACAUGAACGGCUGGGCCAACGGCGCCUACCCGGGCUCGGUGGCGGCGGCGGCGGCGGCGGCGGCGAUGAUGCAGGAGGCGCAGCUCGCCUACAGCCAGCACCCGGGCACCGGGGGGCACCCGCACCACCCGCACCCCCACCACCCUCACCACCCGCACAACCCGCAGCCCAUGCACCGCUACGACAUGGGCGCCCUGCAGUACAGCCCCAUCUCCAACUCGCAGGGCUACAUGAGCGCCUCGCCCUCGGGCUACGGCGCGCUGCCCUACGGCUCCCAGCCCCACCAGAACUCGGCGGCGGCGGCGGCGGCAGCGGCGGCGGCCGCCGCCGCCUCCUCGGGGGCGCUAGGCGCCCUGGGCUCGCUGGUGAAGUCCGAGCCGAGCGUGAGCCCGCCCGUCACCUCGCACUCGCGGGCCCCGUGCCCCGGGGACCUGCGGGAGAUGAUCAGUAUGUACUUACCGGCCGGGGAAGGAGGGGAUCCGGCGGCCGCCGCCGCCCAGAGCCGGCUCCACUCCCUGCCCCAGCACUACCAGAGCGCCAGCACGGGGGUGAACGGCACGGUCCCCUUGACACAUAUCUGA